GCAUUUAUAUAUAGAUACAUAUAUUAGUGUGCGUGUUUUGCCUUUGGCAGAGUACGUUCAACCAAUUGAAAGCGAAUUUGUAAAUCAAAAUAGAAUUUGACAACAACAAUAACACUCACAUAAAAAGAAAGCAAAUUUUUUAAAGUAGAACAAUUCAAAAUAUUUGCACGAACAUAACGAAAACAGCUGGCAAAAGCGCAACAGCAACAGCGAAGUCAGCAGAGACAGCGACGGUGACAGCGACGGUGACAGCGAAGCUUCGAUUGUGUUCGUCUCCUUCUUCUGGUUGUUGUUGUUUUUUCUUUGUCAACAGGCAACAGGUGUGUGGGCGGCUGCGCAGCUGCAUUGGCAAGAAGAGCUACAAAAUGACCGACUUAAGUGAACUGAUGGGCUCGCAAUUUGUGCGCGUCAAGGUCGUUGCCUUUGUGCACUUCUUUUUCUUAACGUGUGCAAUGAUGGGCAAAUGGGGGCAUGGCGCAUACGAGUUCUACAACUUCCUCUUUAUCAUUGCCAUGUUCUGGACGAUACAAUGCAAGGAAUCCAUUGAGGCGGUCCAAACGGCGCUUGUGAUCAAUGUCUGUAGCAUAUUCUUUGAUCUAGUCAGCACUAUCGUUAAUUUCGAUUACAUGAACGGCUGGGCCAUUGCGUUCUGUAUCAUCAACCUGGUGGUGCGUCCGGUGAGCGUUGCCCUGCUCUAUCGAGAGUUCAAUACGCGCGGCGGCAGUCUGCAGACUGGCUCCGUAUUUCCAACAAAUCAGCAGCGCAGCUAUCAGGACAUUGAUCGUCCCACGCAGCCGACACCAACCAAUUCGCAGCCGGGUCCCAAUGUGGCCAGCAUUUUCUAAGCGUCUGUGCGCGCAAAUAAUUAAACAUUUAGCCUCACACCCUUCCCAGUACCUACAGAUGUCCAACGGGAGACCAUAUAGAAACUGCUUAAUAAUUCCGCGUGUGGAAUCCAAAUUGAACGUCUUCAAGACUUGAGGAAUCAACGACAAAGAAAAAAAGAAGAGGAACGCAAAUUUUUUUUUUUUUUUUUUUUGUUAUAUUCUAGCGUUAAGAUCAAAAGAAAUGCUAAAAAUUGUGUAGUCAAUGAAGCUAGAAAACAGAUUUUUUUUUAUGUAGCCAUUAUUUCAGCUAUAAACCAUAAAGACAAAUUGUAACCAUUAACGAUAUAUAAAUAUAUCUCUCUAUAUAUAUAUAUAUAUAUAUAUAUAUAUAUAUUGAUAUGUAUUUAUAACAAGCGCGCAGCAUUUGCUGCCUUAUGCAUAAUAUAUAAGAAUAUAACGCCUACUACUACUAUACUAUGUAAACCUAACAUCAUGCAAACAAAUACAUAUGCACACGCACGUAGAUAUAUAUACAUAUACAUAUUUAUGUACAUAUAUGUGUGUAUUUAAUAAACUGGGCGUUCGAUAUGUAUUUGUCCAUCUAGAA